GCUCUGGUAAACUUUAAUCCUAGGCACCUCAUUGCAAUUUCCUCUAUUUCCACUGACCACCCCCCCCCCCCCCACACAACAUUCUCUCUGUUUCUCUCCGCUCAGACUGAGAGAAGCUGCGGAUUGUGUGAAAUGAACUGUCUCCCUGGUUGUUACUGAGGUUCUAAGAGUCUUUUAAGACCUGGAAAAAAAACAGGAAGAGGGCAUCAGUCAGCGCUGCUGCAGUUGAUACACCAAAUCCAUUAGUUCGCAGAGUUGUGUGACAAACCGCGACCAAACGAAAAUGCUUUGCGAACUUAUACAUCAGUAUCACCAGGCUCAGCAGCGAAGGGCGCAGAUCGCCGUGUAGCUAGGUGUCUGUGCACAUCUCUCCCCCCCUCUCUCUCUCUUCCCUCUGGGAUCACCGGGGUGACCAAAUCAGAUUCCGAUUGUGUUCAGCAACUCACUCCAUACCGCCUUCCAAGUGAAUGCCAUCGAUAGCGGGCACGGAUUUUGGGACGUUAUUGUAAAGGACAGCACGUAGAGCGGCGAAAGAGUUUGGAGAGGGGGCCAGAAGAUGUCAACCCCUGCCAGGUAUAAGAAAGAUAAAGAAAUCAUAACCGAGUAUGAAGCGCAAGUCAAAGAAAUACGAGCUCAGUUAGUCGAGCAACUGAAAUGCUUGGAGCAGCAGACAGAGAUGAGGGUUCAACUCCUCCAGGACCUCCAGGAUUUCUUCCGCAAGAAGUCUGAAAUUGAAAUGGAAUAUUCCCGAAACUUGGAGAAACUGGCUGAGAGAUUCAUGGCAAAAACCCGCAGCACAAAGGACCAUCAGCAGUACAAGAGGGACCAGAAUCUUCUGUCCCCAGUAAACUGCUGGUAUCUGCUCCUGAACCAGGUAAGGAGAGAAAGCAAAGAUCACGCAACUUUGAGCGACAUCUAUCUCAACAACGUAAUCAUGCGCUUCAUGCAAAUCAGUGAGGACUCGACCAGACUCUUCAAAAAGAGCAAGGAGAUUGGGUUCCAACUGCACGAGGAUUUAAUGAAGGUUCUCAAUGAGCUGUACACGGUCAUGAAGACGUACCACAUGUACCACACCGAAAGCAUUAGCGCAGAGAGUAAACUGAAGGAGGCUGAGAAACAGGAGGAGAAGCAGAUUGGGAGAGACCCUGUCUUCAACAUCCAGAUGGAAGAAAAGCACCAGAGGCGGAGGUCGGUGAAAAAGAUUGAGAAAAUGAAAGAGAAGCGUCAAGCCAAAUACUCUGAGAAUAAGCUUAAGUCCAUCAAGGCCCGAAACGAAUACCUACUGACAUUGGAGGCGAGCAAUAACUCUGUUUUCAAAUAUUACAUCCAUGACCUUUCUGAUGUGAUUGAUUGCUGUGAUCUGGGGUACCAUGCCAGUCUCAACCGAGCUCUGAGAACAUUCCUGUCUGCCGAAUACAACCUGGAGACAUCCAGGCACGAGGGCCUGGACAUCAUUGAGAACGCUGUUGAUAAUUUGGAUCCUCGGAGCGACAAGCAGCGAUUUAUGGAGAUGUACCACACAGCAUUCUGUCCACCGGUGAAAUUUGACUUCCAGCCACAUAUGGGAGAUGAGGUUUGCCAGGUUAGCGCUCAGCAACCUGUGCAGUCUGAACUGAUGCUCCGAUAUCAUCAGCUGCAAUCCCGACUGACCACCCUGAAAAUUGAAAAUGAGGAGGUCAAAAAGACAAUGGAAGCAACUCUGCAGACAAUACAGGACAUGGUGACCAUUGAGGAUUAUGAUGUCUCAGAGUGUUUCCAGCACAGCCGGUCAACAGAGUCAGUCAAAUCCACAGUGUCCGAAACUUACCUGAGCAAGCCAAGCAUUGCGAAAAGACGAGCCAAUCAGCAAGAAACUGAGCAGUUCUAUUUCAUGAAACUCAAAGAGUACCUCGAGGGCAGCAACCUCAUCAUGAAGCUGCAGGCGAAGCAGGACCUGUUACACCACACCCUCGGGGAAGGCCAGAAGAGUGACUUCAUGACCACAAGGCCUCCAAAUGUGCCCCCUAAACCUCAGAAAGCCAGGAAAUCCAGGCCCCGAUCAGAAUAUAAUGCUAAGUUGUUUAAUGGGGAUUUGGAAACGUUCGUUAAGGACUCUGGACAAACCAUUCCUCUGAUUGUGGAAAGUUGUGUGCGAUUUAUCAACCUAUAUGGUCUUCAGCAUCAGGGGAUCUUCCGAGUGCCUGGAUCACAGGCUGAAGUCAAUGAUAUCAAAAAUUCAUUUGAGCGAGGUGAAGACCCUUUGGCUGAUGAUCAGGAUAACCACGACAUUAACUCAGUCGCAGGGGUUCUGAAGCUAUACUUCAGAGGAUUGGAAAACCCACUCUUUCCUAAGGAAAGAUUUAACGAGCUCAUUCCCUGUGUCCGAAUAGAGAAUCUGUAUGAGAGAGCCCUUCACCUUCGCAAGAUUCUCCUCACCCUUCCCCGCUCUGUGAUCAUCGUGAUGAGAUACCUGUUUGCUUUUUUAAACCACCUGUCUCAAUACAGCGACGAAAAUAUGAUGGAUCCUUACAACUUGGCAAUCUGCUUCGGCCCCACCCUAAUGCCUGUGCCCGAUACGCAAGACCAAGUCUUGUGCCAGGCGCACGUGAACGAGCUGAUCAAGACCAUCAUCAUCCACAGCGAGCUGAUUUUUCCCGAUCCGAAGGAUCUGGAGGGACCCAUCUAUGAAAAGUGUAUGGCCGGUGACGAUUAUUGUGACAGUCCGUACAGUGAACACGGGACACUGGAGGAUGUUGAUCUCGAUGCUGGCACUGAGACACACACCAGUGAGGAUGAAGGCGAACCCAUUGAAGCAAUCGCCAAGUUUGAUUAUGCUGGACGCUCUGCUCGAGAGCUGUCGUUCAAGAAGGGAGCUUCGCUGCUUCUGUAUCACAGAGCAUCUGAGGACUGGUGGGAGGGAAGACAUAAUGGGAUUGAUGGGCUCGUACCCCAUCAGUACAUUGUGGUGCAGGACACGGAUGAUACUUUUUCUGACAGUCUGAGCCAGAAAGCUGACAGUGAAACCAGCAGCGGGCCAACAGCUGAAGACAAGCUGCCCUCCAAGAACGACAUCAGCUCACCAACUGAUCGUGUUCCAGAUGUUUACGCAGCAAGACAGAAGAGGAGACCAGAACCACCAUCAGCUCGACGCCCAUUGAGACCCAACGACGGGCACUGCACAGUGCACCCAGUCCAUGGCUUAGUAAGUAGCUCAGGGGACGGUGGCCCUUUGAUCAUGCCUACCCACGCCAGCUCCCGCCUCUUCCACCAGAAUCGCAGCGUACUGCUUGACAGUCCGGAGAGGCGUCGCCGAGGUGCCCUUGGCAGUCUUUCCAACCUAAGCCGCCAGGAGGCUCUCAAAAAGAUCGAGAGUCCACCAAUCAGAAGGUCUACAUCCUCCGGUCAAUACAACAGCUUCAGUGAGCAUAAACCUCUAGACCCUGAAACAAUCGCCCAGGACAUCGAAGAGACAAUGAACACUGCAUUGAAUGAGUUGCGGGAGCUGGAACGUCAGAGCACAGUGAAGCCUGCUCCCGAUGUGGUCCUAGACACCCUGGAGCAGAAGAAGACCGCGCCAGUCGCUCUCCCUCCUGGUGACCCGAGAGGUGGGCACACCCCUGCCAUUCUGAAGAGCGUCGACCCUGCCAUCCGAAGGAGCACCAGCUCUUCCAGUGACCCCGUGGGCACCUCCAAGCCUGUCCUGUCACCCCGGAUGGGCUUGCAGCUCAAACCCCCCGCCCUCAGGCCCAAGCCACUGGUACUCCCCAAGACCAACCCCAGUGUGGCACCACCGCCCACUGUCCAGAGCUCCACAGACAAAUCCUGCACCAUGUAAAUAAGCUGUUGUGACUUGAAAACUCACCGUUUUGGAUCGAUAUGGGUGGCAAAGGACAAGAAGGGGAAUACUGACAUUUUAAAAGUUGUAUUUGGAGCUGUAUUCUUUCAGUGUUAGAAUAUAUGUCUCAGUAGUAAAUUAACAAGGGGAUUUGAUCUCCCUUUCAAACUGGACUGUUUAUAUGUGGGACUGACACCAAUGUUAACUCAACUUGAAAACUUAUGCUGCAACUGUUAACUUUUUUUAAAAGAAAAGAGAAAGUUAGCUUUAGAGAAAGGACUUCCCAUCUUCUCGAAAGACCAUUUAUUUAAACAAGAGCAGGGAACGUGAUGGCAUUUCAUUUUUUUUUUGACCCGGAACUGAUGGGAGGGGGAUUGGGUGUGCUGCCUGUCGAAGAGCAGCCCACAGUCUGUGGCUGUGCCUCUCGUUACUCGCUCCUUCUGUUCCAUUUGACAUUCCUUCGGCCUCAGCGCCAGGUUUGUGUCACAGUGGCACUGCUUUGCAAAUGAGUGGAAGCGACGGCGAGAGUAACCGUGCAUGAAGCUGCUGCCACCUGUCCUCGUCACGCGGUUACGUUGAGAAAUCAAUCCUGCGCCUACAUCCUCGCAUUUGCGAGCACUGCAGCCUUCUCCGUGAGGCGGGAUGUGUAGUUAAUUGAAGACUGGGUGUGGUAAGCAAAGCCAAAGGUUUGAAGUUUACAUUUAGAACGUAAAGGAUUCCACACACACCCCCCCACACCAUCAAGGGCAAAAGUGAGCAUCCAUCUCAUGUCUUCCUACUCCUUUAGAAAUUCACACACACUAAACCCACCGCCCCAGUUUUAUAGAGUCGUACAGCGCGGAAGCAGGCCCUUCGGCCCAACUCGUCCAUGCUGACCUGGUUUCCCAAAAUAAACUGGUUCUAUUUGUCCUUAUCCCUCUAAACACUUCAUUCUUUUUAAUGACCUAUGUGUGACUACCGUUCGUUUGCUUUGCAUGUUUCCCCCAUGUCCUUGAGCUCCAGUUACCAUUUUUAUUUGGUGACCAGCCUGUCUGGUUCUUCCUAAGCCCAAUGUCAUUCAUUUCUGAACAGUUUUGAGACACUCUGCCUGCGUGGAUUUCUUUCUGUCAUUGCUGACCUUCUGGAAUCUUUAUUCCCCUCCCCUCGCCCCCAUCCUCUACCCACCCAUCCACUCUCCCCUCACUCCACAACUGUGCCCUCUCCACUGAGCCUCACAUCCAGCUGUGGAGAAAGUUGAUGAGGGAUUGGUUAAGCUCCAGAAUCACCACUGAAAUGAGUUCUUUGGAACUUUCAUAUUGCUGGGUGGAGUCCAAAUUUCCGAGAUGGACCCACCCCCCUCCCCAGGUAAUGGAGUUUUCUCUUGAAAAACAGGAAUUUUAUGGGUAAACAUGUGUCACGACGGCCUGUGACAGACUUCCGCACAGCAAUGACUUUGAAUAAGUAGUUGCACUUAGGCAACAAUUGGACUGUGGUAGAUUUUUAUAGUCCACGGUCUUUGCAACCCUUCAGUGGUCUCUCAUCAUCGUCCACCAAAGCGCUGCUGGCCUCUUCCAAAUGGACCACGGGCUGUGGAAUUGGAACUGAGAAAGGAAGUUGGAUUGUCAAUCAUUAUUGUGCUUUGAAUGGAUGCCUUAUCAAUUGUGUUAAAGGGAUGAAAUCAUGCCAGCCAAAUUUCCAUGCAAAUUUCCAUGGGAACAGAAGUCGGAAGUUACAGCUAAUGGCAGCUUGUACAAGGUCAACCAUGUUAUGUGUUGGCCAAAGUCAAUUCCCAAGUUAACCCCUCUCCCCGCCACAAGGCUAACUUUACAGUUUCUCCCAACGUUACAGAGUUUAGUUCCCUACCUUGCUUUUAUUUAUAUAUAAAUGCUCAUGUUUACAUGGUCACAAAAGAGAUCCUUGGUUUACAUUUCACUGAUAUUUCCUGCUCAUCUUUAAGCCCACUUCUACUAUCUUACUGGAUUUUUCCACGAUGACUAGUUUAGAUUUCCCAAAUAAUUCCUGCCGUACAUUGUAAGAAGGUAUUAAUCUUGGUCAGAAGUGAAAGGAGGUGAACUCUUCAAAACGUCUGAAACCAUAGUUGAAUUGAAAACAAUGCCUGAUUUUAAAAAAAAACAGUACAGGUAAAAUAAUGCUAUUUUUUCUUUCCAAGAUUUCAUCUGGGUGACCUACUGCCUCUUCCUUGUGGAAAAUUUCUGCUUUAGUAGGUUGGAAUAACUCUUUCAGUUGCAUUGCAAGCCCUACAUCUGAUUAUUGGCAAGAUCCCUGCAAACAACAGCAAUCUGGAUUUAAAAGUUGCUCACUAAUCCCGAUCUUUUCCUUCCAAAAACUAGCUUUAAGAUUCAUAAACGUGGUGUUUGUAUAUGUAUUAAAACCUGCAGAAAAAUCUCAGCAUAAAUGUUUAGGGCACUAGGUCGUGACGGAGAGGAUUUGGCCCGUGCACUGCCUCUGCUGGUUAUAUUGAACUGAAUAGUGUGGUUCUUCCCUCUGUGCCUUGGCUGUUCCAUCUGGAGGGUUGUGUACCUAUUCUGGAAAGGGCACAUCAACCACUGCCAUGGGCCAAACCCUUUCUAUCUGCAACAGCCAGCAAGUCUGUCCAUGUGGUGCAGUGGUAGCGUCUCCACCUCUAAGCCAGAGGUUCACGUCUGAUCUACUCCAGAGGUGCGUCAUAAAACAUCUGGACAAAUUGGUUAAAAAUAUCCCGAAAACGCGUACGUUCCAAAUAGCACUUUGUUCUUCUCCUCUCUUUGUGAACGUGCAGAAGUUAAAAUGGUCAUUUCUUUUUAUUUUAUCCCUUGGGAUACUGCAAGAUGUGCUUCCUUGUGAUCACCUCCUGUCUCCUCUGUAUAGAUUUCGGAUCAAUGAUCCCUGCGUUGUUGUCUGUCUGAUGUGAGGUCAGUGAUGCGCACUGAAAGUAGCACAAGUCAAAAACACGGUUUGUUCACCAGGGGAUCUCCUCCACAUUAAAGCCCUUUGACACCAUUUCCAGGAACACACUGACAUCUGUGUUUCCAACCCUGCUGUCAUAUCCGGUGUCACUUCGCUGACUCAACAGUUUUGUUUGCUCGUUCCCUGUGGUCCUCUUCGACCUGACUUUGAGACUGGAAUACGACUUCGGCAUGACCAAAGGAGUGCCAGUGUUAUACCACCCUGUGGCAUAGUGCACCGGUACAUUAACCCAACAGUGCCACAGUCUAUUGACUCAAACAACUGCCUAACUCUUAGCCCUUUACAAAAACCACCUCAGAGACAAUUGUCAUUGAAAAGCUGCACAUACAUCCAAUCUGUGGUUUAAUGAGCUUGUGAUGCACAUUAUUUCUGUACAUUCAUUUCUAUCUGCCAUGAACCUAAUCUACUAAAUUUAGAACUUUUCGAAACAUUUUAGAGUUUCCACCUCGUGUGGUCUUUUAAAGAAUGUGGUAGUACUUUUAAGGAAUAUGUAGUAUAGAGUUCACUUAAAUUAAUUUAAAAGAAACAAAAUGUACAUCAGCCAAAAUGGAUUCUGCAAUUUUGCAUUGCUCCCAGGAUUUGUAUAUUCAAAUAAUAAUUAUACUGGAUUGCAAGAAAUGCUUACAGCAGAUCCAAAUUUCGCAAAAGUGUAUAUGGAAAUGAUCAAUUUGACAAGUGUUUUCUGGGUGCAAUCACGGAAAAUAUGUAGUCCAAGGCCAGGCUUCUUUAAGCUGCAGUUUAAGUGGAUUUGUAACAGGGAACUGAUAACAGCUACAGACACACUGAGUGGUAAUUACCAUUGACCAGCUGCCUGACAAACUCUGGAUCCUUUACUGCCAUUUUAGUUACAGAUAGUUUCCUCACUGUCGGCUGUUACCCCAUUGUGUCAGUGUACAUCUGUGGUAUGUACAUGCAGAAGUGCCUUUAAACUCUUAGAGAAACUUGAGCCUUGUUCUGUACUGUUGCAUUUCCAUUUUCACUCAUUGAACAACUCUAGUUUUAAACAAAAUGCAGUCGUUGACAAUGUACUGUUAAUCAGUUGUGACAAUGCACUUUUGUGUAUAGUACUGUACAUCUGGCAUGUAACAUUACCAAUUUCAGUAUAUCUUCUGGUUUGUUCUAGAUGUAUCUUUCUAAUAAAGAAAAUUGGUCCAUU